AUGAGUUCGUUCAUCUACUACCACUUCCAGUACUUCAAGUGCCCUAACUACAACUCGCGCCACUACAUCUCCUAUUACUUCACUAACUACCACUGCACCACAACCCCCUCUACCACUACAACCCCCUCUACCACUACAACCCCCUCUACCACUACAACCCCCUCUACCACUACAACCCCCUCUACCACUACAACCUCCUCUACCACUUCCCUCACUACUACAACUUCUACUGGGUUUACCACCACUUCAGUCAAAACUACUACUCCAACCACUUCUCCCACCAUAACUACGAUUCUCAGCAGUACCACAACCCCUACGAACACACCAUCAACAACUACUCCUACCACCAUAACCACGAAGAUUCCUACUACUACCCUUUCACCGGUCAUAGUAACUCCCGACUUCAACGCUACCAUCACUGGGAGAUGCACUCUCCUAACAAUUUCUCCGUCACACUACCAACUGCUCAGUCCUAACUACCCCAGACGCUACAAGCCGAAUGAACGGUGCAAGAUCGUCAUCAUGCCGAAAAAGCCACGAUUGAUGCAAGUCACGCCAGGCCUGAAGCGUCUUGGCGCCGAUGAUUGGCUGUUGCUCAAGUCGCCGUACAAAAACAGUAUCACAUUGACAAAGAAAAGUAGAAAAUCCGAAACGUUUCCUUCGACCGCAAUGGUGAUCAAUUUUCGAGCUGCUGAAAAGGAACAAGGACGAAAUUUCACAAUCGAUUUGGAGGUGCUUGACAACAAAUGCAACCGUGUAAUCACCGUGCCUGAGGGAGGGUCUGGCACGUUGCGAUUACCCAAGAAUUUUGCAUCGCAGCCGCGGUGCGAGUGGUGGCUGAAAGCACCUAUUGGUCGUAAAAUCCAGUUGAAAUUCGAAGAAGCCGACCUCCGACGUCUCGAUUGCAAGAAGCACUACGUUGUUGUGAACACCCAAGGCCUGCCUGACUAUGAUAUGGCUAAUAGGUAUGCGACCGGCAACAAUCGCUUCUGUAAAAACGAAGCGGUAAAAAAUUUGACUUCCGUGGACAACCGCAUGAACGUUCUCAUUAACGCCCGGCCGACGAAAAUGAAUUUCCGCGCCACGUACGAUCUUGUGUGAUGGAAAGAGAAUGCGUUGAAAAUGGAAGUGCAUUUCCAACUUAAAUCUGUCGUAGCACUUCGUAAUUUUGUUACCAUGGAACUAAACAAUAGCCAGUUUGAUUUCUGCAAUGAACAUAAAAAUCAUUCCUCGAGGUAUGAAUUCCCUUCUUUAAAAAUAUUUUGCAUCUCGAAACCAGAAAUCCCAAAGGAUUCCAUAAGUAAUCCGAACGAUAGGGUAAGACCUCCUAGUUAAACCUUAUACCUCUGAACUUCGUACCUCGAGCUCUUCUAUUGUAAAGGGAGAGACGAUUGUAGAUUUGGUAUACAUUGAAAUAUUAAAAUUUUGAUACUGCACCAGAAUUCCACCAACACUUCAAAUUAAAUUCUCCCAAUUCGGUAAUUGAGUUAAUUGUAGAAAUUCAGUCAGAAGGUUAUUUUCAGCCGAAAUUUCAAUUUGAGUAAUUUUAUCAGCUGAAAGAGCUGAUACACCACAACCAUUCCGAUGCCAAGAGCCUUUUCGGAAGUCACAUUUCUGAUAGGCCGAUUUUGCAUUAUGGUAGCUAGAUGAGCCCCUGGUCAUGCUGUCUCAUGAUCGCCUCUCUCAGAAGCUGUUCAAGGGCGAAAUAAUGGCCAUUUAUCGCUCAAGGAAUGGCAUCAAUGUGUGAGCAAUCGUGUUUCUGCAGUAUAAUAUUUUUCGACAGAA